GUGGUGAAGCCGCUUCUUGUCUCCGGAGCUCCCAGCGAAGGAUGGACAUCAGCGGGCGCUGAGAGCACCCUCCAGACACUGAGGAAAGGGCACAAGACGUAAAGAAAGAAGUGUCGCUGAUAAAGAAGAGAGGAUAACUUAACACAUCCGAAAAGGGACACUGCGGUGAUGGCUGAAGCACCUCAGCAGGAUCAGCAGCAUCAGCAGCAGCAGGAGGAGGAGGAGGAGGAAGAGGAGCAGCAGCUGCCAAGCUCUGUGGAGACCAGUGAAUCCGAUGAAAGCUCCGAGGAACCAAAUGAAGUCGCCAGAAAGGCUCGACCUCUUCUGUCCAUGAGGUCCAUGAGCACCAUGAGCACCAUAGACCCAGAUGAUGACUACCCCAAUAUGAUCGUUUUCAGAAAGAUUGAAGAUAUCAUCACUCUCAUCCAGGACGAGACUGAAGGCGUGCCCAUCAGAACCGUCAAAAGUUUCAUGACCAAGAUCCCCAGUGUUGUUACAGGUGCAGAUAUAGUACAAUGGCUGAUGAAGAAUUUGUCCAUAGAGGAUCCAGCGGAGGCCAUGCACAUCGGGAGUCUGAUUGCAGCUCAGGGAUACUUUUUUCCCAUCUCUGAUCAUGUCCUGUGCCUCAAAGAUGAUGGAACUUUAUACCGCUUCCAGGCGCCGUAUUUCUGGCCAUCCAAUUGUUGGGAGCCUGAGAACACAGAUUAUGCUAUCUACCUGUGCAAGAGGACCAUGCAGAAUAAGACGAGGCUGGAGCUGGCAGAUUAUGAGGCAGAGAACUUAGCCAGACUACAGAGGGCCUUUGCAAGAAAGUGGGAGUUUAUCUACAUGCAGGCUGAAGCGCAGGUCAAGAUCGACAGAAAAAAGGAUAAAACUGAGAGGAAGAUCCUUGACAGCCAGGAGAGAGCCUUCUGGGACGUCCACAGACCAGUGCCUGGAUGUGUUAACACCACAGAAAUGGACAUAAGGAAAUGCAGACGUAUGAAGAAUCCUCAUCGAGUUAAGAAGUCAGUGUACGGUGUGGUGGAGGAGGGAACACAGUCACAGAGUCCAAUACACACUUCGUUACAUCACUGCCGAAAAGGGACGAAAGAGGACGUAGAAAAAGAGAUCUUAUUUCUGAACACCCAGCUAGACCGUCACUGUUUGAAAAUGUCCAAAGUUGCUGAAAGCCUGAUGACCUACACAGAGCAGUUCAUAGAGUACGACCCAUUUAUAACCACACCAGAACCAUCUAAUCCUUGGACCAAUGAUGACCCCACUCUCUGGGACCUGGAGAUGAGCAAAGAACCGAGUCAGCAGAGGGUAAAGAAGUGGGGUUUCUCCCUGGAGGAGGCUCUGAAGGAUCCAGCAGGACAGGAUCUGUUCCUCAAGUUCCUAGAAUCAGAGUUUAGCUCAGAAAACCUGAGGUUCUGGUUAGCAGUGCAGGGUCUGAAGAAGGUCCCCCAGCAGGAUGUUGCGCAGAGAGUGCAAGACAUCUGGGCGGAGUUUCUGGCAGAGGGAGCACCCAGCUCCAUCAACCUGGACUCGCAUAGCUAUGAAAUCACCAGCCAGAACCUGAAAGACCCUGGACGCUAUAGCUAUGAGGAUGCCCAGGACCACAUUUAUAAACUGAUGAAAAGUGACAGCUAUCCACGUUUCCUCCGCUCCAAUGUCUACCAGGAUCUGCUAAUGGCAAGGAAGAAACCUGAAACAGAGCAGGGACGACGCACCUCCCUGGAGAAGUUCACUCGCAGUGUGGGAAAAUCGCUGACAGGAAAACGACUCACAGGCCUCAUGCAGUCAUCCUGACAAGAUCUGGAUUCGGAGUAGGAGGAAUCGUACCCAAAGCAGACGCUUACAGUUGAAAAGCUUUAGGAACAGGACACUUGUGUGUGUGUGUGUAGCAUUGGGAGGCUAGUGAAGGUGCCAAACAAUCCUAGAACUGCUGAAAUGGAAACCCAACAUGUCUAGAUGGCACCUCAGAUAAAGUGAAGAGGACCCAACAGCAUGCAAUAAGUCAGCAGAUUUGGCACAAAGGGAGGUGCUGCUAUGGUAUAGAUGAUUCACAGUGACUCUGCUUUGGAGGAUUUUGUUCAGAAGCUUGUAUCGAACAAGACUUGGCGAUUUUUCUCUGACUACAUUCAUUUUAUCAUGGUAGCUGAAGAGGUUAAUGCUUUACUGUCAGUGAUAUUUACGUGGAAUGCUCGAAUGCUUUGACUGAUGUCAAAAUGAGACUUAGAUUUUCGCUGUAGCUUGGUGUUUUAUCUCACUUCACUAGGAUGUAAAAAGGGAAAGCGGAAUGACGGGUUUACAGUAAUCAACACUUGAAAACAAUGACAGGUAGAGUAGUGCAUCAACAUGCUAGUAAACGCUGAAAAACUUUAGUGAAUGUUUCCUUGACUAUGGAACAAAAAGUAGAAAUUUAAAAUGUGUCCUGCUUGUAAUUUAAGCAAAGGAUACGCCAAUACUGGUUACCAUUAUUUUAACAGUCUUAAGAAUCAUAAUUACCUCCAUGUUGGUCAGUUAUAGCAAAGACCACAAAUAUCAAUUAUAUGCUGUGUAAAAAUACAUUUUGUAAUAUACUUAGGGUGGACCCUUUUUUAACAAGCAGCUGUUGUUUUUAUCCUCUGAUUCUAAGUAGAGAAAUUCAAUAUAACAAAACUAAUUACCAGUUAUAUGAAGUAGCAUUUCAUCCCUUCUAUAUACUGUAUGCUGCAGCAGCGUAUACAUGGCUGACUUUAAAGCAGGACCAGAUUAUGCACUGAGUCAAUCUUCAUACAGUUUCAGUCUGCAGUUUAAAUCUUCUCAUUCCCAUAAGUGACACAUUUCUGGCUUUUAAGGAUUUAUUUUUUCAAUGGAUGAAAUGAUACAUCAAACAGCCAGUAUAUACUUAAAAGACUCAUAAUAUCAUAAAUAGAACUGUUUCUAUUUUUCUUAAUCCAUGCAGUAUCAAAAGUAUACAGUCCCACCCAUAUUUGGUUAUAUGUCCAACAACAAGUUUGGCAAAUUUCUGCCUGGAUAUUUGACCACUCUUCAUGGUAGAGUUCAUUUGAAUUUGUUGGUUUCUGUGCCCAGACUUGACUUUCAAGUGUAAUCCACAAACUUUCCCAACUAUCCCAAAAGGCACACCGAAACAGAUUGCGAUGAAUAAAUUUUGCAAACUAAGCUUUUUGAAAGAUUUAGAUGUCAAAUCUGUUGAAAAUUUGCGGACUCCGUGUACAGAUAGGUCCGUGCUGGGAAAUCAACCAGUUUCAAUGAGUUCUACCAAUUCUGGAAGCAGUCAUUAAAAAUUCAGUCAGAGAUAUGUCAGAAGCUUGGUGGUGUACAUAAAUAUUUAUUUGAACCUAUAGUUAUAACUUUGAUCUUGUGUGGAUUAAAUCAUCUCCUAUGACAAAAUCUAACCUGUGCAUCCAGUUCUUCACUGAAGUUGUGUGUCCUGUAAUACUUCAAUGCUGAAAAGUUC